AUGCUUACUACGGACAGCGACACAUACGUCCAUCCUGAUGCGGUCACCCAUCUCCUCGCCCUUCUCAUGAGCGAUGUUAGAAUGGCCGGCGUCACAGGAGAUGUCCGUAUCUGGAACAAAGACGAUUCUUUCUUGGCCCUCAUGUCGUCACUGCGGUAUUGGUUCGCGUUCAAUGUCGAGCGAGCUUGCCAGAGCGGUUUCCGUUGCGUCGGGUGUUUGUCUGGCCCCCUUGGGCUUUACAAGACUAGUGACCUCAUUAGCGUCCUGGGCCCGUGGAUUCUACAAUCAUUCCUUGGCAAGGAGACUACCUUCGGCGACGAUCGCCAUCUCACCAACCGCAUCCUAUCUCUCGGCCAUUGGACCGGCUAUUCGCAUCUCGCCAAGUGCGAGAGCGAUACGCCCGCUGGUUUCGUACGCUGGGUCAAACAACAGACACGCUGGUCCAAGAGCUUCUUCCGUGAGGCGUUUUGGUUCCCGAAGAGUUUUGCGUAUGCCCAGUUCUGGCUCACCGUCGAGACGACCAAGCAGUUCAUGUAUCCCGUCAUUCUGUCUGCUACCGUCUUGAAGCUGGUUUAUCUCCCGAGAGACUGGAUCUACCCCCUCCUCUGGUUGGGGACCAUGUUCGGCGUCGCCCUCAUCAAGAGCACUUACGGCGUUAUCUGUAUGCGCGAUCCGACGUACUUUUUGUUCAGCAUCUACGGGUUCAUGUACUUCUUUGGUCUUCUGCCGUCGAAAAUAUUCGCAGGCUUGACCGUGGGAAUCACGACAUGGGGUACAUCUGCACGCUCAAAAACCGAGUUCCAGCGUCCUGAGAGCCUCUAUUCACGCACGACGCACAUAGGACAGUGA